ACCGUUCGCAUCAUUAUUCUUUGCGUCAUUUCAAUAUGGCAGUAUUCCAAAAUUUGAAUCUUCUUACGACCAAAAAAUAGUCACGCCAAAGCAUUGCUCGAAACCUCGUAGGAACAUCGACUAAAAUUUAAAACAAAUAAUUCCUGUGGAUACUUCGGCACUGAAUAUAAUCAUUAUCAAUCGAUCGUUUUUUUUCUUCGAUUUAUCAAAACAUAAAUGAAUUGAUAUGAAAUACUUCUCAUCCAUAAAAUGUUGGACAUAGUUUUCAAUCGAUUGUCCUAUAAAACUUGAAUCAAUACAUCUAUUGGUUGAGACGGACAGUUUAAUAGCUAAGUUUUAAAAAAAAAGUUGUAUUUUGUUGCCGCCCAAUUAAAAAGCUCAAUUUUAAUUUGAAGGAACAAAGUCAUACGAUACGGACAUUUGUCCAACCAAAUUUCGUAUUGAGAACGGUUUCACUUUCCAUUCAAUUCAAUGACAUUGGUAUGAACGGGGAUAAAUACUAACCGAACAGCACGACGAAAAUUCGAACAAAUUAACUCUUUCAUAAGUUAUUCAUCAUGGGAGCAAAUGCACCUGAUGGCUCGCCCGCUCGUCGAAGCGAUAGAUAAAUACGAAUAUUGAGCUCAACACUAAAUCAAAAUUCAUUUCCGUGAGAAUGAGAAAUUCCCAAAGUACAAUCUGUUUGCAUAUUCGGAAGGACGAUUAACUGAAAAUGCCCGGAAUAUGCAGUUCAAUGGAGCGCCUGUGAUUUUCGUUCCAGGCAAUGGUGGAUCGUACAAACAGGCCAGAUCAUUUGCUUCGGUCGCAUUGCGUAAAGGCCUUGAAGAAAGUUGGCUCAAGCAUCUGGAUUAUUUUACAGUUGACUUUGAUGAGGAAUUCUCGGCAUUGUUCGGAGGUGUACUUGACGACCAAAGCAUUUACUUGGAGCUGUGUAUCAAAGCCGUUUUGAAUUUAUACAAGGAUUUACCCAAUCCACCGACAAGUGUAUCGAUUGUAGCCCAUUCAAUGGGUGGGAAAGUGGCUCAAUCGGUAUUGAUGAAUAGAGAAACGGCAAAACGCGUGAAUACAGUGAUUGCGAUUGCUGCACCAAUCGAUAAACCCGUUCUCAACAUUGAUUUCUACACCGAGGCAUUCUAUCGCAAGUCGAACAAAUUUUGGCUUGAACACCGUCCACCCAAUCCAAAUGCAAUAACCAACUUAACGAGCACAUGUUGUAAUGCAAGCAAUUUUGUGGAAUUCGAUUCAAGUUCAGUGGAACAAACUGAAGUGAGCGCCGGCCAUGCGAAACGAUAUUUUCUCGAAGAUAUAUUAUUCAUAACGAUUGGCGGCGGUAGCCGGGAUUUGUUGGUGCCCGAAGGAUUGACAACAUCUCAGUUCAGCGAUAUUCAUAUGAUGUCUAGCUGCAUUCCGGGCGUUUGGUUGACAACCGAUCAUCUUGCAUCCGUUUGGUGUCUCCAACAAGUUCUUGUCAUCAAUCGCUUCUUGUACAGUAUCAUUCUACCCGUGUCACACCGGAACCGCAUACACGACAAUGUUUUUCAUCCCAAAAAAUCCAUUCGACUCGCCAACGCCAAACAUUAUAUCACGCAAGACACAAUUUUGCCAAAGGACAAGCGCGAAGUGACGCUAUUUAAAAGCUUCGAUCAAAUGGGCGAAUGGGUGGAGGAUAAUCGACGCGUAUUCUUCCAACAAUUUAAAGGCGGUCUGAAUCAAACAUAUGUUCAAAUGAUUCCAUUGAAUCGUUUUGACCACUAUCAGUUCCUCAAUGUCGAAGCGAUUAACGUAGAUACGGACGAUUGGGUUUUCGGUUGCAACGCUGUUGAUAUACACGAACACCAGCGAUAUUGUUCGGUUGGACACUCUUUGACACAUUAUGUGAAGAAGCUUCCUUCAAAGCGAUACGGCCGCCGAGUGCUAACUCUUGAUUUGCAUAAGAUUCAAGACGAUUUCCCGCAGUGGUCGCACGUUCUUUUGGUUUUGUUCCCCACCAAAGAGCCCGUUCAGAUAAAUGUUGACAUUCAUUCGGCCACCGAGCGACACAUUACCUAUGAAAUGCCUUCAUGGUAUUCAUACCGAACACACCAGCUAACCGAUAGAACGAUGAUGGGUGCGGCAGCCUAUCGAAUCAGUUUUCCCGGUCUAGACGAAUCAUAUCAAUCCAUACAGCUUCACAUUGAAGCACAUUGCCAAAACCCGAAAUAUCAUGUGGUGGCCAAAGUUUGUGUACCGUGGACAAGAGGCUUUGAACGAUACCACUAUUUCACUGAAAAGAUACAGACUCCAUUCUAUGUCAACACACCGAUCACAAGACCAGCCGGAUACAACACAACACUGUUUCCACUCACAGUUGAUUUGUAUCUGGAUCCACAAUGUCAUUACACCAUCUCAGCGACAAACUCAUUCGGACAAACGGCUUCGAGGAUCUUCUUGCAGUUCUCGCAUUGGAUACCAGCCCACAUCGUAGCAAUUUUACUUCUUGCAUUCAAAUAUCAAAUCAAAAUCACGCCCGAAAAAGAGAUUUUCAAAUGUGGGUCACUCAAUGCGGCACUAUUGGCUGGACAAACAUUCUUUAUCAUCACAGCAUCCCGUUUGGCCGUGCAUGUAAUCAAAUGGAGUAAAACACUGCCGGAUCCUGAUCAAUUCAAGCACUCCGUCGUUAUUUCUGUUAUAAUUCACGGUGCAGCUUUGGCUGCAUUAAAUCUGCUGACUUAUGGUUUAUGGCUGUCAAUUGCACUGUGUGGAAAUGUGGCCCAUCAAUUCUUGUUCAAGUUAACGCAAUGGCCAAUUUCAGCCGGAAUCGUUUUGCCAGCCAUUCAAAAGUUUCCCAUUACGAUGGGUUUUGUGCUGGUUUCAAUGGCUCAUGGAUCAUGUGGUGGUUUGGCAUUAAUCUGUGCCGUGCUCAUGUACUUCAUUUUACUAUCGAAAAUGUAUGAAGAUUAUUUGGAGGAGUUUGUGUUCAAAACGGCUGCCGUCAUCACGGAAAAGUUGUUUGGCAAGAAACGAAGAGAUCAAAAGAUUCCACCAAGAGGUAGUACCAGUAUACCUUUGUCAGUGUUAUUUCCGCCGAAAAAUACUCAAGAUAAGCAACCGACUGCAGAGAGCAACGAUGACAAAGAAGCCGAAACUAAGCAAGAGGAUAAGAAACAAAAUGAGGCAAUAAUCGAAGAAAUAGCUGAGAAGAAGAAAGAAGAGGAGACAACCACGGAAGCAGAGACAGAGUCAGAGAAAGAUAAAGUACAAAAAGAGAAGAGAGAAAAGAAAAAAUCCAAGAAACAAAAAGAGAAAAAAGUGGAAUUUGCAAUUACAAGUGAUAUUGAUCCAAAUGACAGUGAGGAGCCUUCAACAUCAUCGGCGCCACUAAUACCAAAAUCAAAAUCCGACUUGGAUAUUAAAGAUGACGAUGAAGGGAUGGUCGUUGCAUCAAGUUCACAAGAAAGCUUUGAACUACUUUACAAUCAACUGGAUCCAGACGAUGUGGCUAUGUUCAGCAAGAGAGAUGAACCGGAAGAAAUGACGGAAGAGGAGCGAAAAGAAGUCGAAAAAGCUGAAGCAGAACUGGAGAAAUUGAUCACACAAAUGGUGGAACGGCAAAAGGUCGAAGAGGAAAAACGAAAUGAUGAAAUGCAAAAAGUUCGAGAAGAGUAUGACGAUGUACCAGACGGAUUGAGUGCUAUUCAUUUUCACAUGACGCUAUUUUUACUGCUUUGCGUGCUGGCCCUGCUCAAUUUGCCCAGUGUGAUUGUUUGGGCACGAAAUUAUAAAUACGGAGAGAAGAUACUUCAGCACGAUCCAUCAUAUUUCCCUGCGAUUGCUUCAAUCAUUUCACUGUCGGUUAUUUGGCAGCUGCCGACACCACGAAAUGUCCAUGGCUACGAGCCGAUGUCGAGUCUGUGCUAUGUGAUGGCCAUUAUAGCAGUUUUGUAUUGUCAGGAUUCGUUGUAUCGCUUGAAUGCCAUCAUUUCGUCGAUGUUUAUAAUAAUCGCGUUGCAGCAGCUGUUCAUGCCGAAGCUGUUGGCGAAAAAUGAGCCAAAGGAAGAGAAUGUCAUCGAUGCGGACCUCUUGGAUAGAGUUCGUCGUUUGCGUGAAGACAUGUCGACAUCCGAGCUGAAAGCUCCACCGUUCAAGGAACCAGAGAGCAUUCCUGCCGCUCAGUGAAAUAACUAAGUCAAACCCAUCAAUCGUUGGUCAAAUUGACUUUGUUUGAUCAAAUUUGUUGGUAGCUGCAUCUAAUUGAUAUAUUGUCAGCAAAAAUCUAGCUCGCUUUAGGUUAUAAUUUAUUUUAUUUCCUAUAUCAACCGAUUAGUUUGAUCUUUUAUUACGAAUGACAGCUUCGAUAGCAACAUUUUUAUUUUAAUGAAUUUAAACAAAAAAUUCUCAUUGAUCCAUUGACCAUAGUAUAGUUAUUUUCUUUAAAUGUCUAGAAUAACUCUCCAAAGCACUUGAUAUUUGUUAAUCAGUUAUCAAAUGUUUAUUCUGAAAUCUCAACAUAUUAAAAUCGAUCAUCUAUGUUGGAUGAGCUAUGACCACUAGAUAUUCAAAUUUGGUUCCCUAAUCAAACAUUGAUAAGAGUAAAAUGUCUGUGAACGAAAUUUAUUUAUUCUUUACUCAAAUAAAUUGCAAUAGGCAAUAUUUCAAAGGCGUUGAAUUGUAUAAUGUGUUUAGAAAUACGGAAAAAAUGUGUUGACCAUUAAACUUUUGUUUUGUUUUAAUCAAAAGAUCCUUAUAAUGCAUAUUUAGUGUUUAGCGAUUGUUUUGACAUUAAUUUAUUUAAACUAUUUGUUAUUUGAAUCGUUUAAUUAACAACUAAUAAUUGUCAAAGUUAGGCGGUAGUACUAUUGGUCAUGCAUUAGAGUUUGCUCCAUCAAAGAGAAACAGUGACAUUUUUGUUAUUAGAGAAUUUAGUUGAUAAAAUGUAUGUGUGCCUCAGGAUAGUCAAAAGUCCAUUCAUUGAUAAAUUUGAUAACCGAAUUUUUUUUUUCUGAAUAAAAUCGAAACUUUGAUAAAUAUUCUGGGUUUCCCAUAUUUGUUCAUCAUGGUGGGCAAAUCAAUUUCAAAUAUAAAACCAAUUUUCAAAUCGUAUUUUUUUGCAAAGAGAAAACGUAAACUUAAUUGCAGUAUACAAACGAUGCAAUCAAACGUCAAAUACAAUGAUAAGAAUUAUGUGUAAAUAAAAUGAUUUAUGAAGUAAUGAGUAAAUCAGUAAAAAAAAAAUUUUAGUUUCUCUCAAAAGCACCAAAAACCAAAUUUCGAAUUUUUUGGUCGUUUUUGUUCUUGAAUUUUUUUCAUUUUUAGAUUCCACGAAAAUGAUAAGUUUCAAAUUGUACUUAAAGUGUGCCUUGGUGAUGUAAUUUUAUGAAUUUUUGUUAAAAUCCGGUGAAGAUGAUCAAGUUUUUGAUACAAAUUCAAAUGAACAAUGCUGCAAUAAACAGAACAACAUUUCAAAAAAAAAUAUUUCCUCACUGAUUUGAUAGAAUUUUUUUUUAAAAGAUGAAAUAUUGUACGCAGUUUCAUUUAUAGAAAAUUAUUUGUUAAUCGCAUAUAAUUUAGAAGGCAUGUACGCCGUACAGUCAAAAUGCGUUGAUUUCCUGCUAUAAGUAAACAUGACACGAUUUUGCCAGAUGUUGUUUGAAAGAAUGUGCGGAAUGUGGAUCUUCCAAAUUCGAAUUUUUCUUCUAAAUCCCAUUUUAUUCCAAUAGCGAGAUCAAAUGUUAGAAUGAAGUGAGAUCAAUGAAAACCCAACUGUCAAUAACGCUUUCAAUUUCGAUUUCUGUUGUAAACAACAGCUUUGUUUGACUGCAACAAUGACAAAAUAUAAUAAAAUUUCAUCUUUAGUAAUAUUGAACUACAUUCACUUUUCAUGCGUAUACUAAAUUCAACACUAGUGAUGCUUCCCUUUGCUAAUUAUUUACAACAAGAUCAUUUUUUGUUCAGUUGAAUUGAUAAAACAACCAAAAAUGCUGCUGAAAUGCUAAUAUAGUGGCGCUGAUAUGGUUGUCAAAUGGCCUUUAUUUCUGUUUGUAACCUUUUGCUCCAGAUUAUUCUUCUAUAAAUGAAACAAUCAACGAGAGUGAACCAGGAGUGAAUCACAAUAAAUCAGUUGAAAGUUCAAAUUUCAUUUAAAAAUAUCAUAAGCGACUGGUAAAAAAAUUGAACUUCAGCACGAUUGAUCCGAUCAACUUCAACUCUCGUGGAAUCGAAUUUUUCUAAGAAUUUGGAACAUGGAAAAACCCAAACAUCACAAUAUAGAAACGGAGUAACCGCGGGUCAAGCAGUUAUUUUGCUAUCAUUAUCUAUUGUAUAUUCACAUUAAAAUUUGCAACGCAGUGUCUUGUUGAUAAGAAGUAUAUAAAACGUUUGCCGAAGGCGAGCGUAAAACAGUAGAAAAUCGUUACUUCGUUCCAAAACAUCAAGAGUUAUUUAAAGAGAAGUAAAAUGAAUUUAAAAUUUUUCUCCGUGUUUGCUGUCGUCCUAUUCCUUGGAAUUACUUUCCAGAUCUCUCCAGCUUCUGCUGGACCCGCUUCAAAUGUCCAGAAGCAGCGAUGUUCCGAACUGUCUACAUCGGAAACCUGUCGCACGUUUUGUGAACAAAGUAACUAUAAAUUCGGAACAUGUGAAAGUGGAUACUGCAAAUGUGAUUAAACUUCUAUUAAACAUCAUAAUAUGAAAAUGAAUUGUGGAUGAGAACAGCCGUUUAUCACAUUUCAAAAGAAUAAAAUGCAAUUUGAUCAUAAUGCUCAAUUAAACUGA